AUGUUGCAAGAAUCAGUAAAUGUUAGACAAAGCCUGCAUCACAGGGUGCUGAUUGCUGUAUUGAUUGUACUUGUCCAAGACCUGAGUAGUGGAGGAGGAGCGCAGGCAUGGACCUACAGCUACAGCACCAGUCCAAACCGUAGAUGGCUCGAGGCCCGCGAGUGGUGUCAGCAGCACUCAACAGGCAUGGUGGUCAUCCAGAACCAGGACGAGACUGACUUUCUCAACGAACUACUGCCAUAUCACUCCAAAUAUUAUUGGAUAGGCAUCCUCAAAGUAAAAGGAAUGUGGACCCGGAUAGGAACCGAAGAGGUCGUGGGCGAAGAGAAUCAGAAUUGGGCACCAGCAGAGCCAGACAACAUAGCAGGCCAAUAUUGUGUGGAGAUGUAUAUUAAGAGGGACACUGACACGGCCAAGUGGAACAAUGAGAAAUGCACCAAAAAAAAGGGAACUGUCUGCUAUACUGUCUCAUGCAAGCAGGAUUCCUGCAGUGCCCAUGCAGACUGUGUAGAGACCGUAGGGAACUACACGUGCCAAUGCCAUCCUGGUUUCCAGGGACCACGCUGUGAAGAAGCAAUCACAUGUGAACCCUUGCUGAAUCUAGAACAAGGUUCUCACAACUGUUUGCAUCCCUUUGGGUCCAAUCGUUUCAAUUCUUCCUGCCAUUUCCACUGUGAGCUCGGCUUUCGGUUGGUAGGCGCGCCCCAGCUGCUAUGCCAAGCCAGUGGACACUGGGACCACCCUGUUCCUCUGUGUCAAGCUGAACAGUGUCCAGUUUUGAACCACACCAAGAUCAGUGGACGUAAUAUGAACUGCAGCCACCCCAUUGCACCUUAUAGCUACAACUCCACCUGUGAGAUCAGGUGUGAAGAAGGCUAUUGGCUCAGUGGACAGGACCAUAUACGAUGUGACCAUACAGGCCAGUGGACAGCCAGUGUCCCAACAUGUUCAGUGCAAAAGUGCUCCUCCAUUUUCUUUCCAACGGGCAACAUGACAUGUGUGGACACUGUGGAGCCUUUCUCAUUUGGCUCGGAGUGUAACUUCUCCUGCCAGGAAGGUUUCUACCUGAUUGGGGAGAACACAAUCACUUGUUUGGCCUCUGGAAAUUGGAGCAAACCUACACCUACAUGUGCAGUGGUACUGUGCGACAGUCUGAUGGUUCCACCUCAUGCUUCAAUGAAAUGCCAAGAUCCUCUAAGUGCAUACAGCUAUGGCUCAGUAUGCACAGUCAAGUGUGAAGAGGGAUUUGAUCUGAUUGGCACAAACAUGACAAAAUGUUUGUCACAGGGCAACUGGAGUCAUGCACUUCCUCUUUGCCAGGCUAAGAGGUGCCAUCCAAUAAAUUCUCCCCCUCAUGGUUCCCUAUCUUGCAAUGACACGAAUGGCUCCUUCAGUUUUGGUUCUAAGUGUGUCACAACAUGUGAGGAGGGUUUCCUAAUGAAUGGAACAGCUGAAUCUGAGUGCAACUCCCUGGGCAUGUGGAGUGCUGAUAUCCCUCAUUGCCAGGCUAGGAAAUGUCCCACUCUGAACUUUCCCCCUCAUGGCUCCUUUGUCUGCGCUGAUCCUCAUGGAGAGUUCAGUUUUGGUUCUCAUUGCACAACAGCUUGUGAGGAGGGUUUUGUCCUGAAUGGUACAGCUGACACAGAAUGUACUUCUGUGGGCACCUGGAGCACAAACAUCCCACGUUGCUUGGCUAGGAGAUGUCCCAAUCUGAACUCUCCCACUCAUGGCUCCUUAGCCUGCUCUGAUCCCCAUGGAGUGUUCAGUUUUGGCUCUCAGUGCAACUCAACAUGUGAGGAGGGUUUUUUCCUGAAUGGAACUGCUGUGACAGAGUGUACCCCUGUGGGCAUUUGGAGCACAGAAAUACCUCACUGUCCUGCACGCCCAUGCCCCCUACUGGUUAAGGCUCCACAACAUGGGACAGUGAACUGCAGCCAUCCAUACUCCUUGUUCAGCUAUGGCUCCCACUGUGACUUCGAAUGCAAUGAGGGUUUCUUGCUGAGAGGGAUAUCAGCUACGACAUGCAACAAAUCAGGCGAAUGGAGUCAGGACGUACCCACCUGCCAGCCUAAGAGAUGUCCCACUCUGAACUCUACCCCUCACGGCUCCUUAGCCUGCUCUGGCCCACAUGGAGCAUUCAAUUUUGGCUCUCACUGCAUGUCCACCUGUGAGGAGGGUUUUGUCUUGAAUGGGACAGCCGACACAGAGUGCACCUCUGUGGGCACCUGGAGCACAAACAUCCCACGUUGCUUGGCUAGGAGAUGUCCCAAUCUGAACUCUCCCACUCAUGGCUCCUUAGCCUGCUCUGAUCCCCAUGGAGUGUUCAGUUUUGGCUCUCAGUGCAACUCAACAUGUGAGGAGGGUUUUUUCCUGAAUGGAACUGCUGUGACAGAGUGUACCCCUGUGGGCAUUUGGAGCACAGAAAUACCUCACUGUCCUGCACGCCCAUGCCCCCUACUGGUUAAGGCUCCACAACACGGGACAGUGAACUGCAGCCAUCCAUACUCCUUGUUCAGCUAUGGCUCCCACUGUGACUUCGAAUGCAAUGAGGGUUUCUUGCUGAGAGGGAUAUCAGCUACGACAUGCAACAAAUCAGGCGAAUGGAGUCAGGACGUACCCACCUGCCAGCCUAAGAGAUGUCCCACUCUGAACUCUACCCCUCACGGCUCCUUAGCCUGCUCUGGCCCACAUGGAGCAUUCAAUUUUGGCUCUCACUGCAUGUCCACCUGUGAGGAGGGCUUUGUCUUGAAUGGGACAGCCGACACAGAGUGCACUUCUCAGGGCUCAUGGAGCACCGAUAUUCCACAUUGCUUCGCUAAGAGAUGUCCCAUUCUGAAUUCUCCAACUCAUGGCUCCUUAACCUGCUCUGAUCCCCAUGGAGCGUUCAGUUUUGGCUCUCAGUGUAAAUCAACAUGUGAGGAGGGUUUUGUCUUGAAUGGAACAGCUGAUACAGAGUGUACCUCUGUGGGCACAUGGAGCACAGAACUAUCUCACUGUCUGGCACGCUCAUGCCCCCUACUGGCCAAUGCUCCACAACAUGGGAGCAUGAACUGCAGCCAUUCGUAUUCCCCUUUUAGUUAUGGCUCCCGCUGUGACUUUGAAUGCAAUGAGGGCUUCUGGAUGAGAGGAACAUCAGCUACAACAUGCAACAACUCAGGCCACUGGAGUCCAGAUGUGCCCACCUGCCAGCCUGUACAGUGUGAGGUCAUCCAUCCCCUGUCUUUACGUCUGUCAAUGGAAUGCUCCCAUCCCCUGGGGAAUUUCAGCUUUGACUCCCAGUGUCGUUUCACCUGUAAAGAGGGGUUCUUUCUAAAUGGCACAGCGGUGCUGAUUUGCUCCUCAACUGGAUUGUGGAGUGAUACACUUCCUACCUGCAUAGUGGAGGGAUUGCCAGUGGGGUCUGCCUUGUUGCUGUACACUGGCGUAGGAGCAGCCACUGCUAUCGUGCCACUUGUCCUGAUAGGACUGGCUUUGGGGAUGAUGAGACUAUUCAAAAAAAAAGAAACUCCAAUGAUCGCUGAUGAAGAUGGGGCAUGGGAGCAGCAAGAGAAUCCAGCAUUUGAGUUAUAACAGUUUUGUUUGUUUAUUUUGUGUUUUCAAUUCUGUAGCAAAUAAUGUCAAAUACAUUUGAGCUUGCUUUUAUGAUACAUAGCUUGCUAGUAAUGAUAUGAUACUGGUAUCAAAAGAUCCUUGUUGGAUUGAAUUUCAAAUUAGUAGAUCCUUAAUAUAUAAGAUGCAUACCUUUAAAAAUGAAUACCUGUUAUUAAUGCCUAAUGCACACUCAGUAUAGCUUUUGUAUU